CAUGGAUUCCAUGAAAGGACAAGGAGGCAUCCAGAUGCUACUGACUGCAGAGCAGGAGGCCCGACAGAUUAUUUCCAGUGCUAAAAACUUAAAGUUGACGAGGUUGAAACAAGCUAAAGAAGAAGCUGAGAGGGAAAUGAAACUCUACCACUCCAAUAUGGAAGCUGCCCACCAGAAGAAAAUUUCUGAGACGAGUGGGAGCAGUGGGUCAAAUGUAAAACGGCUUGAUGAAGAAACUGCAUUGAGGAUUCAAAGCUUGAAAAAGUCUGCUUCUAGGGUUUCAUCAGAUGUUGUCGCCAUGCUCAUCAAGCAUGUCACAACGGUGAAAGCUUGA